CCGUGUUGUUAGUCCUAAAAGAACUAGCCGUUGCAUUUCUUCCCCAUCUGGAGAUGCUCGCUCGCACCUUUGCAAAAGGAUUUUGGAUUUUUGUAGGCGUAUUCAUUAAACAUGCACUUUGUCAAGAUAUCAUUUUUGGCACUGGAGGUGUAAAUACUGAACGUACUGUUAAUGUUGCUUCAUCCAAUCAUAUACCAGAAGAUAUUCUCAUCCGCUUGAAAGAUGUAAAAAAUGCUACGGAUCUUCUGAAUAGAUUCGUCUAUAGAAAUGAAAAUGCUACAGAUCCACCUGAAACUGUUGCAGGAAGAAUCGGUGGUGGAGGGCUUGCUGGUGUGGCAGCAUCAAUAAGCACCCCAGCCAACUGUCAAACUGAAGAUCAAAUAGUGGAAUUGGAGAAGCCAGAUGAUCCAUCCCUAAUUUUGUGGCCAUCUUGUGUUCGCGUUAAACGUUGUGGAGGUUGCUGUACCAGCACGAUGCUUACUUGCCAACCGACAAACACUACAGUUGUCAACGUUACAGUAAUGCUUUUAAAAUAUCGUCCCGACACUGGAAAACCUUUCGAAAAUCCUGUUACACGUGUUUACUCUUUGGAGCAACAUGAAAAAUGCGCUUGCUUUUGCAAAGAGAAAUCCGAACACUGUAAUCAAAACGUUCACCUGUACAGUGAAAGCGCUUGCCGAUGUUACUGCCCCAAUCAAGAAGAAGCUCUUCGAUGUACCGGUCGAAAGAAGAUAUGGAGUAAUACAGAAUGUAAGUGUAAAUGCAGACAAAUUCGACCAUGUUCCACUGGAGCCCUUUUCAGUUCGUCAGCAUGCAGAUGUGAAGUGUCUCGAACUCCUCUUAGCAAUACAACCAUGUUUACAUGAAUACCAAAACAGGAAAAUAUUGGAAAUUUGAAAACAAAACCAUAUUGUAAUAAGUAUAUAAUUUUAGUGUGCAUAAUUGCAUAAUUUAUAAUUUUUUUCCUUUCAAUUAAAACAUGGUUCUCGCUAAGAAGUAUUAAAUAUGCUA